AUGGCUCCAUUUGAAGCGUUGUAUGGGCAUAAUUGUCAUACUCCUUUGUAUUGGAUCAAGUUGAGUGAAAGGCGUGUUGUUGGCCCAAAUUUAAAUCAAGAGGUUGAGGAGAAGGUUAAAUUGAUUAAGGAUAUGUUGAAAUCAUCUUUUGAUAGGUUGCCGUUUGAUCUCGAGCCUAUUCACGAUGUGUUUUAUGUGCCGAUGUUGCGUAGAUAUAGGUGGGACCCUUUUCAUGUUGUUUUGAUAAACGAGGUUGAGGUUCAAGAGGAUAUUUCUUAUGAAGAAGAGCUGGUUAAGAUCUUGGCUAGUGAUGUGAAGGUUCUUCGAAACAAUUCCAUUUCGCUGGUGAAAGUGUUGUGGCGUAACCACAAUAUUGAGGAAGUGACUUGGGAGAUAGAAGAGUCGAUGAGAGCCCCGUCAAUGUAA